CUGGUAGAGAACCCUGUCAAUCAUAGUGCCAGAAAACAGCACGUGACGACCAAAAACAAGAUGGCGGGGAGCGGAUUCCACAAACCAGCCGCCGACGUCAUCGACGUGUUCUGGUGGUUCCACUUGAGAUCUUUGUCAAACUAAAAGAACCAUGUGACCAAUCAGAGGAACCACUGAUGGACAAAGACGAGGCCGAAGACAGAAAACAGGAAAAGGAGGAAGAAGAAACCAGUCUCUACACAUCAACAGGGGAUGAUGGAGGAGCAACUGUUGCCAUGGCGCUGGGCCACCUUCUGCUGCCCCCCUCCCCCGCCUGAUACAAAUAAUAACACACACACACACACACACACACUCUGGGUGGCGCUGCCUCAGCGUGGCCUUCAGUCUCUGAUUGUCUCUCUGCUCCGUUGGUGAAGUUAAAGGAGAAGUUCAGUCUCUCAUUGAACCAAUCACAGUCCUCUGUUCUUCAUCCUGCACUACGUUACCCACAAUGCAGCAGACAGGGCUUUAGAGCUCCGCUUCAUCAAUGAGCAAAACAUCAUUAAGAAAGUGAUACAUUCACACAAGUAUUAGACUGAAGUACAGCCUUCACAACACCUUUAUUGAAAGUACUUUGUACUACAGCAUCUUGAAGUUUACUGUGAACUCUGGUGUAAACAUUCUGUUCUUCUCCUCAGCCUCCUUCUUCUCCUUCUUCUUCUUCUUCCCCUUCUCCUUCUCCUCCUUCUCCUCCACCCAUUAAUCAUCUCCGGACCCUUAGUAUUAACCAGGUGACCCUUCAGAGGGACCCGACCCUCAUGUUUGGACCCUCUUUAAAGUGUGCACAUGUUGACGUUGUCUCUGUUCUGACAUGCAGCCUGAUAACAUCAAGGGAAUCAGACCUCCGUCCUCCCUCCCCUGCCUGCCGAGGCUGCCUGUCCUAGGAAGCCUCCCCUGGUUGGGGGGGGGGCUGCCCCCCCACCUCCUCUUCACCCAGCUGGGCCACAGGUACGGCCCUCUGUUCGCUCUCUACCUCGGCCCUCACUACACCAUGGUGGUCAACGACCACCAACACGCCAAAGAGGUCCUGCAGCAGAAAGGGAGAGACUUUGCUGGACGUCCGAGCAUGGUCACCACUGACCUGCUGACCCGAGGAGGUAAAGACAUUGCCUUCUCAGACUACACCCCUCUGUGGAAGCUUCACCGUCGCCUCGUCCACAACUCCUUCACCCUGUUUGGAGAAAGAACCGGCCGGCUGCAGGACAUCGUCAUGUCCUCGGUGGACAGUCUGUGUGCAGAGCUGUUGUCUGGCGGGGAACAAGGCUUGGACCCGUCGGCCGCAGUGACCCGGGCCGUUACCAACGUGGUGUGCACGCUGGUUUUCAGUGCCACCUAUCGCCACGGUGACACCGAGCUGCAGGAAGUGAUGCGGUACAACGACGGCAUUGUGCAGACGAUUGCUGCCGGAGGCCUCGUGGACAUCUUCCCCUGGAUGAAGGUGUUUCCCAACAGGUGUCUAAGGAGACUGAAGGACUGCAUCCUCGUCAGAGACCGGCUGUUGUCACGGAAACUAAAGGAGCACAAGGCCUCACUGAGCGAGGGCGACCCCCGUGACCUCCUGGAUGCUUUGCUCAAGGGUCAGACGCCCUCCGGCUCCGAGGACGAGAGCAUCACAGACGAUCACGUCCUCAUGACGGCGGCCGAAGCCUUCGGCGCCGGCGUGGAGACGACAUCCACAACGCUGCUGUGGAUCCUGGUGUACCUGCUGCACCACCCGGAGGUGCAGCAGCGCGCUCAGGAGGAGCUGGACGAGCAGGUGGGCGGCGAGCGGGCGGUGUCCAUGUCGGACCGCAGCCGUCUGCCGUACCUGGACUGUGUCAUCAACGAGGGCAUGAGGAUCCGCCCCGUGAGCCCAGUUCUGAUCCCCCACAGCGCCAUGACGGACAGCAGCAUCGGAGGUCACCCUGUCCCCCGGGGGACUCGUGUUCUGGUGAACAUGUGGGCGAUCCACCACGACCCGCGACACUGGUCCCGACCGGACCUGUUCCACCCAGAUCGCUUCCUUGACAACCAGGGCCAAAGGUCCUGUCCUGCCUACUUUCUGCCGUUCGGGGCGGGGCCUCGGGUCUGCGUCGGCGAAUCGUUGGCGAGGACGGAGCUCUUCCUCUUCCUGGCGUCUCUGCUGCAGCGCAUCAGCAUUGCGCUGCCGCCCGGGGCUCCUCCCCCCAACCUGCAGGGGCGGCUGGGCGUGGUCCUGCAGCCGUUGCCCUAUAGGGUCGUGGUCACUCCGAGGGCGGGCUGGGAGGGCGGGGCCAAGUGAAAUGGGGUGGGCCAUGUGGCCUUCUGUGGUUGCAAAACCGAAACUGGUUCUUUACGACUUUUAAACUUUCAUUUAAACAUAAAAAUACUGAGA